AUGUUCGUCUUUCGUCGAGAAGAUCUCCCUCCUGACGCUGAGUUUCCUGCAAAUCUGGAGAAACUAGGAUACUUCAUCAAUGAAAAGGACCAGAUCAGAAAGAUCUCAGACCCAGAACAGGAAUUCCAGUUCAAGAUCAACCGCAACGCUCGUUACAACGAAGUGCAUCGAGAGAUGAUGAAUACAUGCAUCCGCACCAUCGUCUCAUCUCGUCUUCAGGAUCUCGGCCUGACAACACUACGCCUCCCCCUCUCUUCAACACCCAAUGACCCCCAUGUCCCAAUCUGGGUCUCCCCAAACCUAUCCACAGCCUCACGCAUCGUGGUCGUUUUUGGUGAACCCAACCAGGAUCUGGGCAUCUGGGCCUACCGCAGCAUCGGUACGCAGGGUAUCCACGCAGGCUCAGCCGUCUCCUUUGCAAACGCCGUCUUGGGCCGUAAAAACGGAGGAGACCAAGAAACAUCUGGAGACACUGCCCUCGUCCUCGCAAAUACAGGCCAGCUAAUCUGGAACUGUGGCUCUCGACGCGCCGUCACCCAUCCUUCCUGGAUUGCUCUCCCGCGUCGUUCGGCGGUUGAUCCGCCCAUGACCAUGUCGCAGCGGAACAAGAUCCCCGGUAAUGCUAACUGGCAGGAACAUGUUGAUUGUGUUUUUGAUGAGAUUCUGGGGGCCCGUGGGAAGCUUGUCAAGGCGGAUGCUAAAAUCGAUAUCAUCGGUUUGGCAGAAGGUGGACUCGGCGCUAUUCGGUACUUGGCUAAUGAUUGGGAAAUCUGGCGCCCCUACAUAUCCGGAAUCUGCCUCUCCAACCCCCUCCAAUUCACCCACAUCGACCUCCUCGAUACAUCCGCCUCGUCGUUCUCAGCUUUUGUUUCCUCCCGAUGCCGCGCGUACGUCCUCUCCGAUCGACCACUUGGUAUGCCUGUCUCCGGGUUCCGGGAACAUGGCUGUAACUGCUAUUCGUCUGGCGAGGAGUUGAAUAUCGAGUGUAUCAUGGCCAGCGCUUGGGAGAGUAUGCUUGAGUGGUUGGGGAAGGUGCAUGCUGACCCGGGGUAUUGUGAGAAGCAGUUGAUGGUUCAGGAUGUGGAGGUUGAUUUGGAGACGAGUGGGGAUGGGCCUAGUUCUUAG